UUAAAUUGUCCGGGUGUCAAAGGAGUUAUCUUCCCUUGCUUUAACUGCCACAAUAUCUGUAAAUAUACCAGUCCACAGACUCAUACCAGUCCACAGACUCAUGCCAGUCCACAAACUCAUGCCAGUCCACAGACUCAUGCCAGUCCACAGACUCAUGACUGUCCACAAACUCAUGCCAGUCCACAGACUCAUGCCAGUCCACAGACUCAUACCAGUCCACAGACUCAUACCAGUCCACAGACUCAUGCCAGUCCACAGACUCAUACCAGUCCACAGACUCAUACCAGUCCACAGACUCAUGCCAGUCCACAGACUCAUACCAGUCCACAGACUCAUGCCAGUCCACAGACUCAUACCAGUCCACAGACUCAUGCCAGUCCACAGACUCAUACCAGUCCACAGACUCAUGACAGUCCACAGACUCAUACCAGUCCACAGACUCAUGCCAGUCCACAGACUCAUGCCAGUCCACAGACUCAUGACAGUCCACAGACUCAUGCCAGUCCACAGACUCAUACCAGUCCAUAGACUCAUACCAGUCCACAGACUCAUGACAGUCGCAGCGCUACUCUCCCUUACGUUGUAGGGAAACGCUGUUAUUGCACUACCCAUCUUGAUGAGAUUAUGCACCCGUGAAGAUCCGGGUUAGUAUAGGUCUUCAGCAACCCAUGCUUGUCGUAAGAGGCGACUAAAGGGAUCGGUGGUCAGACUCGCUGACCUG